ACUUGGAGGUGGAAUAUGUAAAAAAUUUAAACAAGUUCUCAUCGCACGAGGACAGACGGGAGCAAAUAUAAAUGUGCUGCCGUUCCCGCGAGGCUAUCAGGGGCUCAGAAAAACAGCACCCUCUGUCACUGACCUCCGACGGGCUUCAAAGACACCGCCAGGCGGGCAUCGCGCGCCUCAAUCCCCCAUGUAGAGCUGCCAACUGCCAUGGCCACUGUCGAGGGCUGCCACUGUCGGGGGGCCGCCGGUGGCCGGAACAACAGCAGCAUCCUGUACAGCAUUCUGAAGAGUGACAGCCUGCUGUCGAGCGACGAGCACCCGCAGCAGCACGCGCUGCAUCACCUCGUGCACAAGACCACCACCACCUCGUCGUCUACCUCCACAAGCUCUUCUUCUUCUUACGCCCCGACUGCGCUGCUCGAGCUCCGGCAACAGGCUUGCUCGUGCAACUCCACGCGGCGUCGCGGGAUUCUUCGCGCCCCGCAGGUCACGUGCAAAGCGGCGUCCGCGGUGCUCGUGAAGACGAUACGCUUCGUGAAAAACGUGCCGUGUUUUCGCGAGUUACCGGAGGACGACCAGCUGGUGCUCGUGCGGAGCGGGUGGGCCGCGCUGCUCGUCUUGGGGCUCGCGCACGACCGGGUCGAUUUCGAGACGACGGAGACGGUGGAGCCCAGCAUGCUGCAGCGCAUCCUCACUGGGUUACCGGACAGGCAGAGCGAGGUGGCGCCGGCCGAGCCGAGCAGGGGUGUCGCGGCCGGGGUCUGCCUAGUGGACAUCCAGGCUAUCAAAGCGUUCCUGAAGAAGUGCUGGACUCUGGAUAUCAGCACUAAGGAGUACGCGUACCUGAAAGGAGCCGUUCUCUUCAACCCUGACGUACUGGGCUUGCGCUGUCUGCACUACAUACAGUCGCUGCGGCGGGAGUCGCACCAGGCACUCAACGAGCACGUGAAGCUCAUCCACCGGGAGGACAGCACGCGCUUCGCGAAGCUGCUGAUCGCGCUGUCCAUGCUGCGCGCAAUCAGCCCCCCGGUGGUGGCGCAGCUCUUCUUCAAGCCCGUGAUCGGCGCCGUCAACAUGGAAGAGGUGCUGCUCGAGAUGUUCUACGGGAAGUAGCCCGGAAGAAGGGCGUGCGCGUGGACCAAAGGGCGGGAAAGAGGGGUGCGUGUGUGUGUGUGUGUGUGUGUGUGUGUGUGUGUGUGUGUGUGUGUGUGUGUGUGUGUGUGUGUGUGUGUGUGUGUGUGUGUGUGUGUGUGUGUGUGUGUGUGUGUGUGUGUGUGUGGGAGGUGAGGAGGGCGGGGGGAUUGCGUUUAUGAGUUGUUAUAUGGACUGUAAAUAUCAAACCACGAGAUUAUGACGACAGGAAAUGAGCGAUUAGAUGAAAGCCAGCCUUGAAUAGAUCUUUUAAGACUGCGAUACUUCAUCAAAGCACACAAAGAGUUGUGUUUGUCCGUGUACGUGCACGAAUCAUUGUGGUUCGCGAAGGCCAUUGACUCAAUGAUGCAGAGAGAGAAAACAAAUAAGGUAGAGCUGCUGGAAUUCAUAACUUAUUUCUUUUUGUAUAAGAUAUUUUUGUAUAAUAAAACGCUAAACAGUU